ACUUCUCCAGGGAGCGGAAGUUCAAAGGUCGUCAUUUCUACCAACUCCUUCUGGUGUCUCUCUGUCUACACAACAGCCCACAAUGGUGAGGUCACUGGUCUUCCAUCUGCUCCUCCUCCCUGUCUGCCUCCCCUUGGUCCACCUGCACACACCCUGCUCAGCUCAGUUUGCUGUGGUUGGACCCCCUCAUCCCAUCCUGGCCAUGGUGGGUGAAGUCGCUGAGCUGCCCUGUCACCUGACCCCUAAGAUGAGUGCUGAGACCAUGGACCUGAUGUGGGUGCGACCCGGCCUCAGGCUGGUGGUACGUACAUAUGCACACGGCAUGGAAGAAAUAGAGAUAGCAGAGUAUCGAGGGAGAACGUCGAUUUUAAGAGGGGACAUCGCUGAGGGGAAGGCUGCUCUGCGGAUUCACAAGGUCAAAGUCUCUGACAGUGGAAUCUACCAGUGUUAUUUCCAAGAUGGCGAUUUCCUUGCAAAAGCCCAGGUGGUGCUGAAGGUUGCAGGCCCCUUCUUCUCCAGCCCGAAACCCUGGCGGGCGGCCUUCGGGGUGACCCUUCUGUCUCUGCUGGGGAUCCUGGUCGGGGCGGUGAUCUAUUGGGGUCGACAGCAAGAGAGAAUCCGGGCCUUGAGCCAGUGGGAGCGAAUCGCCAAAGAGAAGCUGCAGGAGGAGCUCAGAAGGAUGAAGCAGGAGUACCUGGCGCCGGACGUGAUUCUGGAUCCAGACACUGCGCACCCCAACCUCCUUAUUUCUAAGGACCAGAGGAGCCUGAAGAGGAUAAAACAAAGGCAGAGCCUGCCAGACAACCCCAGGAGAUUUCAAUAUCGUUUCUGUGUGCUGGGCCGUGAGUGCUUCACUUCAGGCAGACACUUCUGGGAGGUAGAGGUGGGGGACAGGAAACAGUGGAAUUUAGGGGUGUGUAGGGAGAACGUGGAGAGAAAACGUGAUGUUAAAAUAACACCCCAGAAUGGAUUCUGGACAAUAGCACUGUUGGGUGGGCAUGCCUUCCACGCUCGAACGGACCCCUGGAGCAAACUCACUAUUGUCAAACCUCCUAAAAGAGUGGGGGUUUUCCUGGACUAUGAGAGGGGGAAGGUUUCGUUCUAUGAUGCCAUCGAUGGAUUGCACAUCUACACCUUCUCACAGACUCCCUUCUCUGGGCCUCUGUGGCCUGUUUUCAGGAUUUUGACACAGGAGCCCACUGCCUUGACCAUUUGCCCAGCACUAAAAGGAAUGAGGAGUUCCCUUCUGCCUGACCCACUGCCUGACCCUUCCCUGGAGACCCCAGUGGCCUCAGGCUCAGCUAACAGCAUUGAGGACCCUCAGGCGGAAGUAAAGUCUUUGCUUCCCCCUGCCCAGCCCUGAGGUGAGGGCCUGCUUAACAGCCAAACCUCACAGCAGGAACAUAUUUACAUCAGGAACAUACUUACAUCAGGAACAUACUUACUAAAAACUCACUGAGUGAAGCACUUUACUAGUUAUCUUUCAACUUUUCCACAUGACUAAUGAGACCA